AACAAAAAAAAAAAACUCGUUACAUGCGGGUAAAUUUCAAGAUGGCGGGGCCGCAUGGCGACAGACGGAGGAAUUUAAACACCGGUUUCACCGAAUUCGCAACAUCAGAUGCUUUCCAAGAUGCUCAGGUUGGAUCUUCAAAAAGCCAUAGCCUUGAAUUUGCUGAUGCUUUGGGCAGUACUUCAGGCUCCUUUCACAGCAGCCUGGAACCUUCCAUUUUAUCCAUCUUUGAGGAUUCAUCUGCUGAAGAAGCAAAGAUCCAUAUAGAUGAGGAAAGCGAAGCGUCAUUGCUAUCUGCUUUCUCAGAGAUGCUAGACAGCGUUAUUGAAGACACCCUGUCCCCCUUUGACACAGUUCCUGACUCGAAACUUUUUAUGGGCCAAAGGUGUCAGGAGUCCAGAGUAAGGUUGCAUUGUCUAGACAGAGAAGCUGCCCAUUGUGCCACUAGAUCCUUCACACCCUCGAAUUCAAAAGCAGAGACCCUGAUUUCAGACAGGAAGUUGAGACCUAGGCUCAAUCGCAGGACCCAGAAAGCCACCGUACAGAGAAGUGAUGGUGAGGAGGAAGACCUUAGUGAGACCAGGAGACGCCCCGUGAGAAUAUUCCGUAUCGAGUCUGAUGCUGACAUGUGUACGGACGAGCAGCAGGAUGGAUUCUUAAGCGUAUCACUGGUGGAGCUGAUCAGGCACAUGCAUCCAUACAGCCUCAGAGUAGCCAUGGAUAAGAAAGAAAGUCUCAGGUCUGUUGAGGAUCUUCAGGAUGAUGAUGUGUUCGUGGAUGUUGUGGGUGAUGAUGACACAGAGGAGACUCCUUUGGGCAUGUCUGUUGUCAGCAAUCCCUCUGACCUGGGUUCAGAGCAGAUCCUUCCCCAGCCACAAAGUCCUUCAGCAUCUAGUGCUUUUUGUAACUCCAGUCAGGUGGACAUGCUAAAGAUGUGUUCAUUGAAAUGUGAGGAACAAAAGGAACAGGAUGAUACUGGUCAGAGAGCCUGUGCCAGUCCAGGUAGUUCGAGGAAAAUAAAGAAGAAGGUAAGAUUUGCCACUGAUUUAGCAUCAAUUCAUAUUUACCAGGUUGAACAUGAAGCACACAAAGGUGACGGCCCAGAUACUUCAUGUUCAGCAGAAUACACAAACAACCUCAAAAUGGCAGAUGGUGAUUCCCAAACCUCAGAUUUGAGUGGGAACUUGUCUGAGGAAGCAAAGAAGACAUCUCCUCAAAAUGGCAACGCAAAACUCAAAAUGCUCAGCCUUCAGGAGUACCGUCUCCUCCGCCAAAACACACCCCCAAAGGAAGAGAGAAAAACAGACUUCAGAACCAAGUGGCCUUCAGUUCCCGAAACCCCUAAAGAGCUCACUAUCCUACCUUAUAUACCAGGUUACAACUCGUCUCAGGUUAAUGUUGAACCUACAUUCUCCAACACCAAGACCUCAACUCGAGUAGCAGUGGCUAAGUCUAGAAGAAACCUUCACCUGCCCCUAAAAUCAGUUUUAAAACAAAAUGCAUUAAUCAGAAAGCCUGUGCAAGCUGUUGACCCACCAAACCCCGUCAUUGUGUCCCUCCAGCCAGAUCCUACGUUUGUGCAACCUCUUUCUAAAGAACAAAAGCUUAUGCAAGAGGAAAUUGGCGAGUCCCAGGCUAACCGGACAAAUAUAAAUCCUUCUGCAGGAGUGCCGUCUAAUUCCGUCACUCAAGAACAGCCUUUGAUUGUAUUACCUGAGGAUUCUUCAACAAGUUGUUCCUUAACAAUGUCUGGCAUUGUUAAAACCAACAUUUCUGCUCCAACCUCACCUGUGACAGUGAUACCAGUGCAAAAGUGUCAGGAAAAUCGAGUGCAGACACCAGUGACCAGCCAGUUUGCCGAAGAGAGAAAGCAAGGAUUUGCUAGAGAAAUAGGAAUAGAAGCCACUGAUGUAACCAGUCUUCUGGAGCAAUUUGAGACACAGGGACUCACUCCUCCUGCCACUCCUCCCCAUCAGAUCUGGAAUCCUUUAACACCUCUGAAAGCAAGGCAACGUGAAACUCCCAAACCAUCUCCCAGCAAAACCAUCCAAAUUAUUGAACCUAAGCCACUGCCCCCGAGUAAGAUUCAGUCAAAAUCCCAACCUUCACUGUCCAUCCCUGCCCCAAGUCUGUUUCUAGCAUUUAUAGACCAUGACUACUGCAGCACUCAGGACUUCAGACUCAGCAAAAAGAGAGCACUUUCUGAUGUUUAUAUGCACAACAGAUCUCUUAAAGUAUCAAGGAAUCAUACGAGCCAUAUACCCAUGGAUAACAGGACUUCUUGUGAGGUGGAGUGUCUCUCUGGCUCUGUUCUGCUGUCUCCAGAGAGCUCCCCCUGCAGGUUAGAGGGCAGAAGAACAGGUGAACAUGCAGAAACAAGAAGUUGUUCACACUGUACAUGUUCCCAGAGUCCUACAGCCAGGGGAAGGACACGGAGGAGGCAUUACCGCAAAAGGUAUCGUGAUUCUACAUCCAGUUCAUGGUCAUCCUCCCGUUCUCCUUCCUGCUCUUCUUCAGCUUCGUCAUGUUCACCACCCAGAAAGAGGUACAGAUCACGGCACUCGGAGAGCAGCUCGAGCUCAUCUUCUCGCUCCAGUUCACGGUCACUCUCCCCCUCUCCAAAUCGAAGACGGCAACGCUGCUACCGGCGAUCGCAAUCCAGGUCCUUCAGUCGUUCACGAUCACGCUCCCACUCUCCGCAGCCAGACUGGAAGCAGAAGUGGAGCAGCUGGAAGAGGCAGAGAGAAUACUACCAUAUGAGCCAAGGGGAAGAUGCUUACCGGGCCAAGCAGAAAGCCAUUGAGGAACGCAGGGUGGUGUAUGUAGGAAGAAUCCGUGGUACUAUGACCAAGGAUGAGCUCAGGGAGCGCUUUGCACUGUUUGGAAAGAUUGAGGAUUGCACGGUCCACUUUAGGAGCCGUGGAGACAACUAUGGAUUUGUUACAUAUUACAGCACAGAUGACGCUUUUACUGCCAUCGAGAAAGGGACAAAGUUGAGGCAGCCAGAUGAGCUCCCGUUCGAUAUUUGCUUUGGAGGGAGACGACAGUUCUGUAGGUCAGACUACCUGGAUUUAGAUUCUAGCCAUGACAUGGUCACAACCCCAAGAAGGAGUGAGGAUAACGCACUUGAUUUUGACGCUCUGCUGAAGAAAGCCCAGCGAGGACUAAAGACGUAGCAGAGAGUCCUCCAGGGAUGGACCGAAGGGUGGAAAAGCUUAAAUAUGGAGGAUGUUGAACACAAACCACGAAAUUACCUCAUAACUCCCAAAGAGCUUGCACUUACACACACUGACACUAAAUAUGACGGGAUAUGUAGCGUUUGUUUUUGACAUCGAAGUUAAAAAAACCUUCUGUUGAAGUGCGUAUAAUGGAGAAAAAUAUAAGUGUAUAUAUAUAUACACAGUCUAUAUUAAAAAAAAAAGAAAAACAUUAAAGGAUAUUAAAAAAAAAGGAUUGCCGUAAUUUAAGUUUCGUCCUAUUAAUCGACUUAUCAUUACAGUGUCAUUUUUUUUCUAAGUUGGAAUGAAAUGAGGUGACUGUUU